UUUUUUUUGCAAAUAGGUUUUGCUGGCCGGGGUAAAAUACAAAUGAACCAAAUACUAUUAAGUCUCAUAUAGAUAUGAAUGGAUGGACGUUCAAACAGUCGGACGGACGGAUGGAGCAAACCAAAACUGAGGUGACGUUGGGUGGUAUGAAAAGUGGCUUGAAGUAACAAAAAGCAAGCUGGACUUCCACAUCCAUUAUGGCGGACGCACUGACGUAUUGCUGCAGCGGCCCAGUGCACUCAACGUGGCAUCUAUUAUCCAAAUAUGUUACUACAUUUUGCAGUCGACAGAGAGCGCCCCGAUGCUACUUCCCCUCCCCUCCACUCCAUGUGAGACUCAUCUCUCAAAGUGGUCGUUUGAAGUAACUCAGUGGCUACAGACAUCUGCAAAGUUCCCGCUUGAUACCAUGUCCCUGUAUCGCAACGCCCUCUGGUUUUUAAAUGGAAUACAUCAUUAUACAAGAAAGGGUUAUGAAGCAGCAUCUGCAGCCUUUGAUCCACAGGACAUGGAUGUGUCAGUGGUGGGAAGAUCUUUUAUGAUCACUGGAGCCAAUAGUGGGAUAGGGAGAGCCACUGCCAUGGCAAUAGCCAAGAAAGGUGGGAGACUCCACAUGGUCUGCAGGAACAAAGAUAAAGCCGAAGAGACCAAGGAGCAAAUCAUCAAUGAAUCUGGGAAUACUGAGGUGUACGUCCACAUUUUGGAUUUGUCAGAGUCACGCAAAGUGUGGGAGUUUGCUGAAGCCUUCAAGAAGCAGUAUACAUCUUUACAUGUCUUGAUAAACAAUGCGGGAUGCAUGAUGCACAAGAGGGAAGUGAAUGCUGAAUUGCUGGAGAAGAACUUCGCCGUCAAUACAAUGGGGAUGUACCUUCUCACUGAAAGUCUCAUGCCACUUCUACAAAAGAGCCGGCAUCCGAGGGUGAUCACUGUGUCGUCAGGGGGCAUGCUGGUCCAGAAGCUCCAGAUUGAUGACUUACAGUCAGAGAAAGGAUACUUUGACGGUCUCAUGGUCUACGCACAGAACAAAAGACAGCAGGUGGUGCUGACAGAACAGUGGGCCAGAGAGUACCCUGAUGUUCACUUCUCUGUGAUGCACCCUGGCUGGGUAGAUACAACAGCCGUGUCCACAUCAAUGCCUCAGUUUCACCGCAUGAUGGGGGAGAGGCUGCGCAGUCCAGAACAAGGAGCUGACACUGUGGUUUGGUUGGCCUUAUCCAGAGCAGCUGGCAGAACCCGUAGCGGGCAAUUCUUCCAAGAUCGGAAGGUUGUCCCAACCCACCUGCCCCUGGCUUGGACUCACAGUUCUACGGUGGAGGUUCUGACUUUCAUCUCUCAGUUGGAGAUGCUAGCCAAAGCUGUGCAGUCAAAGCCUGAUGCAUUCCUCAGUGACCAACUGGGGCCCAGCACUUCAUAAGUAUUAUAGGUCUUGAAGACUAGAACUCAUUAAAUGAAUUAUCAUA